GUGCGUGCAAACACACAAGUUUGCACAAUAUGCGGUGACAUAAUUCAAACAUUUUGUUGGCAUCAUCGGCGUCAUCCCUGUUCGCCUAAGGAUGAUACUUUCCACAUGUCAGGCUUUUCAACUCCGUGGUAUUACGAGGAGACCAUGACCUAGUUACGCAGCAGGCGUAAACAAAAUCCAAGAUCGCCCCGGAAGGACGGCUACGGAUUCGAGAUAUUGUGCUGCAAGAGUAUAUUGUUGGUGUAGGAGUCGCCAAGAAAGACAUGAAAGUGCAAUAUUAGGAGUCUAGAUAGACGGAUACAUAUAAGCAUGCAUUGCUGUUCUCCGAAUGAAGGAAAGGUCACCCACCCUCAAAAUCGCAGGAACUCCGUUCUUCAAGAGUUGAACAUUGAUCAGUACAAUAUAUACCCUUGAACUGCGAUCAUCGUCAAUGCAGAAGACGUCGGUCUGCGGCCCUACGUGCACGGAACGCAUCCUUAACGACCUAGUAACUAAUGUAGUGCCAGCCUCAGCGGUGAAAAAUAAUGACGGCCGGAGGGUUUCCAUGCUAGGAUGGGCAAAGUCGAGAACACUAUUAAUUUGGUCCUAUUUGCUUGAAUUCCUAAAACGGCAAGUCUCCUUCAUAACUUUUAUUUUGCGAAGGUUACCUUCCUCUGCCUCCCGCAGCAUGCAAGCCCUACGCAAACUAUCCUUCAUCCGUACAUUCUUCCAACGCGCCAAGAAAACAUCACCCUCCCUAUCCCGCCAAGGUGUAUCCGCACAAUCUCUAAACGACCUCACACCAUUUUAUGAACGCAACCUUCCUUGGUGGUCUCGUUAUACCUACACUUUGGUAGGCCUCAAUGUCAUCAUAUCCGUGAGCGCAUUUGAGCUUACGCUCAGACACUGGACACAACUCGAAGACCCCUCUUCUCCUACCGAAGACUCAAAGUCAACCUCGGAGUCAGCUCCAACUGCAGAAAACGAACAAUCACAACAACCACGUUAUGUGUUGAGACCUCUCUGGCACCGGCUUCCAUUCGCAUGUGGUCACCUAGCAGUCGGGUUCUUCAUAGCGAAUAUGCUUCUAACCACUCGCUCGCGUCUCGUACGACGUAUCUAUGUCAUUCCUCCAAAGAUCCCUCAAGAUACCCCACUCCCAGAGGCCGUACGAACCGUCAAGACCAACUUUAGAAAUGCGCCCUCUUCCUCUUCCACCAAAACAUCUCCCGCCACGAGCCCGCCAGCAAAGUCCCUCCUCGUCAUCCAAUCAGCCAAACACAUCUCCUCGCAAGGCCGAGUCGUCCCCUUGAACGCUUGCAGUAUCGUUGGCGGCAAGGAAAACGACGCUGUGAGGAUAAAAGUGCCCGGUAUACGAGGGAUGUUUUAUGUUGGGUUGGACAGCGCGAAGAUUGAGGGCGAGAGUAAGGGAAUGAAGGAUGUUGGGGAUGCGAUGUAUGGGUUGUUUGGGAGGAGAUUUAGACGGGUGCUUGACCCGGACGUAAGGGAUCUCAAAGCACUGAACGCUUAGGAUUCAUUUGUGGUUUUGCACACUAAUAUGUACUGCCGCUGCGAUGUUGGUUGUCGAGGGCUUGAUCUAAUCUAGUUGUGUUGAAUAGAAUUGCUUUCGAAGAUUUUAAAGUCCUUGUCUCGCC